AGUAUUGUCUCUCAUGCAUUUCAUAAUUCAAAUACAAAACUCUCUCUAAAGUUCAAAGGCAGAGGAGUGAAAUUAAGAGAGAAUUAAUAUUAUGGGUGCCGGUCUCGUUGCGUUCCUCUUAAUGGUUCUUGUACAAUUGGUCUAUGCAGUGAUGAACAUUACUUCAAAGCUUGCAAUAGAAUCUGGCAUGAGCCCUCUUGUCCUUGUUGCUUAUCGACAACUCUUUGCAACUGUGUCCAUUGCUCCCUUUGCUUAUUGGCUUGAAUGGAAUACGCUUCCCAGGAUCACAAAACGUCUUAUGCUUCAGAUAUUAUUUUCGUCCCUGACAGGAGUUACAGGAAAUCAGAUGCUUUAUUUUGUGGGGCUGAAAUAUUCAUCCGCUACAAUUGCAUGUGCACUGACCAAUUUGCUCCCAGCUUUCACUUUUAUCCUUGCAGUUCUCUUCAGACAAGAGAAUUUGGGAAUCAAGAAGAGGGCUGGGCUAGCAAAGGUAUUCGGGACAAUAUUGUGUGUGAGCGGAGCCUUGCUUUUGUCAUUUUACCAUGGAAAAACCAUUGGUUUAGGCCAAUCAAGUAUUCACUGGAGAUAUGCUGAGAAAAUGGAAGGAACUAGCUCUUCUGGCAAAGGAAACAUGUUUCUAGGCCCUUUAGUCGUAAUUCUUAGCACCCUUGUUUGGGCAGCAUGGUUCAUAAUUCAAAAAGACAUAAGCAAGACUUUUUCAGCUCCUUACACGAGCACUGGCUUAAUGUGUUUCAUGGCAAGCUUUCAAUGCAUCAUCAUUGCCGUGUGUGUCGACCACACUGCCUCAGCUUGGUCACUCCACAAUGCUAUGAGACUUUCCUCUGCUCUUUAUGCGGGAAUAUUUUGCACUGGAUUAGCGUAUUGCCUCAUGUCGUGGACCAUUGAGAGAAAAGGUCCUCUUUAUGUCUCUGUAUUUACCCCUUUGCAGCUUGUCCUCACUGCCAUUUUAAGCUGGGCUUUACUUCGUGAGAAAUUAUACGUUGGAACUGCCGUAGGGUCUCUCUUGAUAGUUUUGGGUCUCUAUUCUGUUCUUUGGGGAAAGAGUGAAGAGGUGAACAAGGAAGACGGUAUUGAAGAUGCAUUUAAAGAAGCAGUCAAGGAUCCGAAAAAUGACAUGGAAUUGCAAUCAUAUGUGUCAUCCAAUGUUAAUAAUCGUUGUGCUAUUGCAUGAAGAAGGACGAGGCAGAGUGAGAUUCGUCGCAAGAUGCUAGUAGCUAAGGAUUGACAAGUUUCGGUUAUUUGACUUUUUUUUUUUUUUUUUUUUUUGCUCCUACUAGUAAAUUUGAAUUUUGAAUUUUGAUAUGUGUGUAAUCUUGUGUCACAUUUGAAAGUGGUCCACAACUCUUUGCAGUUGCAUUGCAGACAUAUAUUAUUAUUUAUAUAUUAACCCGGAAUCAGUUAUCCCUUUAA